AUGGAAGAAUUCCAGCAGUGGCUUUUCUCUCUCAUUGGGGCCAUCAUUUGUUUUAUUUGUUUGGUGAAUUGUAUUUGGUUUUUGAAAUAUUUCUUUCCACAUGUAUGGGGCCCAGUACCUCAGUCUUUUUUUCAAUCAAUGGGAGAAUGGGCAGUGAUAACAGGAGCAGGGGAUGGGAUUGGAAAAGCCUAUUCAUUUGAGUUGGCCAAGCGUGGAUUAAAUAUUGUUCUGAUCAGCAGAACACUUGAAAAGUUGAAGAAGGUUGCCUCUGAAAUUGAGCAAGCCACCAGAAGAACCGUAAAAAUUAUACAAGCUGACUUCACCAAAAAUGACAUAUAUGAUGAUAUUGAAACAAGUCUUCGAGGUUUAGAAAUUGGGAUUUUGGUUAACAAUGUUGGAAUGCUUCAUAACCCCCAUCCAUGUUAUUUUCUUGAUGGAUCAAAGAAAGAUGAGGAUCUCAUCAAUUGCAACAUGAUCUCAGUUGCCAAGAUGACACAGAUAAUUCUGAAACAGAUGGUAUCAAGACAAAAGGGACUAAUUUUGAACAUUGCUUCUGCUGUGGGCACUUUCCCCUGUCCAUUAUAUACCUUCUAUUCUGCUUCUAAAGCUUUUGCGUAUACAUUCUCCAAAGCACUUCAAGUGGAAUAUAAAGCAAAGGGAAUUAUCAUACAGGUAGUGACCCCUUAUGGUGUGUCUACUCCAAUGUCCAUGAACACAAAGCCUAAUCUAAUCAUAAAGUCGGCAAAAGACUUUGCUAGAGAAUCCCUGGAUUAUGUCAGACUCAGCGAUGAAACACAUGGAUGCUUAGCCCAUGAAAUCUUGGCUCUCUUCCUGUAUUUUGUCCCUUUGUGGGUCUUCCACACUGAUAGAGUACAAGAAACAAUCCAACGCAUGAUACCAGAGUACCAGAAAAAGAUGCAGAAGAGUAUCUGACCAAACUUCCUCGUGGUGCACGUCAUUGCUUGAUGGUCUGGUAUGAAUUAUGCCAGCAAUGAAUACAACCAUCUGAAAGGUUUUCAGUAUGUGUAUAAAGAGCCCUUCAAAGUCAGUGCUGGUCUUUAAAAACUAUUUUUCAAGUUGAGUUUGGACUAUGUGUUAAUAGUUUUUGCUUCUGCAAUCCUUUCAGUAGCCUGUGCUUAUAGGAGUUACAUAUUUCAAAGCACUUUAAUAGUAAAUUGAUAUUAUUCAUUGUAAAAGGGGUAAAGAGGUUUUGAGGUGGUAAAGGAAAAUAAAAAAUGCCCAGAUAGGGCUUUCAGAAAUGGGUUUCUUUCUAGUGGGAAAAGGUUUAAGGUACAGAUACAGCGGCUAGUAGAUAUUAGCAAGCAGCACAAUAGUCACUUAGAUAUUCAUUCUGGGAAGGGAAAUUGCAACAGAAAAGUUGAGAUGUGAAAAGAUUUGAUGGCAACAUCAAGGACCUGUGUAUAUUUUGGGAUUUCACUAAAAAAUGA